AUGGCGCUACUCGUCCUACAUCUGGUCUUUUUCACGCUGGCUUUUCGCGCCUUUGCAGAGAGCGCGCGCAGGGACGUUCUGGUGCUCGCGGACGGAGACUUCGAUUACCUAGCAACGGAGCACGAGACGAUGCUCGUACAGUUCUACGCUCCAUGGUGCGGCCAUUGUAAGAAAUUAGCACCAGAGUUUGAGAAAGCUGCAAGAAAACUGAAGGGAACCGUUCAGCUGGCCAAGGUGGACUGCACGGCGAGCACUGAGCUGUGUGUGCGGUUUGGAGUGACCGGAUAUCCAACCCUGAAGGUCUUCAGGAGCGGGAGAGACGCGGGCCCCUACGACGGGCCCCGCUCAGCAGAGGGGAUGGUGACUGUGAUGAUGAAACAGUCUGGACCCGACUCUGUUCUACUCCAGUCCAAGUCCGACCUGGAUCAGUUUGUGGACCAGUACGAGGCCAGCAUCGUGGGUCUCUUCGCUGCUGGCUCGACUCGUCAGGCUGAGUUCCUCAAAGCGGCUGCGUUGCUACGGGAACAGUUCAGAUUCUCUCACAGCUCAGAUCUGAGUUUGGGGCAAGACUUUAACUGCAGUGCAGAGUGUGUGCUGCUCUUCAGACCUCCUCGUUUGAACAAUAAGUUUGAGGAAAGUUUUGCCGUUUUCACAGAAUUUUUAACCAUCACCUCAUUACGACGCUUCAUCCGAGACAACAUAUUCGGCCUGGUUCCUCACAUGACCCUGGAGAACUCGGAGCGCCUCAGAGUGAAGGACCUUCUCACCGUUUAUUAUGACCUCGACUACGUGCACAACAUCCGCGGCUCCAACUACUGGAGGAACAGGGUGAUGAUGGUGGCGUCUCAGUUUCGUGGGCGGGGCCUAAGUUUCUCUGUGGCCAAUCGCAGAGACUUUGAGGCGGAGCUUCAGCAGGAGUUUGGUCUGAGUCCUGAUCCAGGACUCCCUGUCGCCACAAUCCGAACGCGACUGGGCCUGAAGUACACCAUGAGGGAGGAGUUCACGAGGGACGGUCGCUCUCUGCUCAGAUUCCUGGAGGAUUAUUUUUCGGGGAGACUGAAACCUUUCAUCAAAUCUGAACCUAUCCCUGAGAAGAACCUCGGCCCUGUGAAGGAAGUGGUAGCAGACUCCUUCUCUCAGCUGGUUGGAGAUCCUCACACUGAUGUUUUGCUGAUGUUCUACUCACCACUGUGUCCAACCUGCAGACGACUGCAGCCAGUGUACGAGCAGCUGGCAACAGAGCUCUCUUCGGAGCCUCAGGUCGUUGUGGCGAGGAUGAACGCCGUGGACAAUGACAUUCCUCUGGGAUACGAUGUGCAAGGGUUUCCAACCAUUUACCUGUGUGCGGUCGGGAGGAAAGAGGAUCCAGUCCGAUAUGAGGGGCCACGAGAACUGAAGGAUCUCCUCAAGUUUGUAAGGAGAGAAGCGACCCAUAGUCUGAGAGGGAAGGACACAAGAAACGAACUGUAG